AAAGAAAAAAACAAUUUUGCUCCCCUCCUUUCUUGUUUUCACACCACAGAGAACAUUUAGUUUGCACUUCCACAAGCAGUCCACCUAUUUUAGAAAUGUACAACAUUUAAAUGAGACUGAAAAUGAGAGGUCGCUUAUGCAAGAGGAGGUUUGGCGGAAGUUCAUUGUAAUCAGGGAUGUCGUUUUCACCUUAACAUCGCUGUAGGCAAUUUCCUUAUAGGCACAGCUUGUCCAGUUAUUUUUGGGGCGGUGCUAAGAUAUCUUAAAAGUUACCCUAUUUUGCCUAAAGUGACGAUCCGUAUUCAGCUACAAAUAUUUCCAUAGCACCAGAAAGACGUGCAUCGUAGCCUAGUUUACGCUGUAGGCUAAUAUAGGGUAGGUCUACUUAUGCAUUUUGCUACAGAAUGGAGACGACCCACGUUGAAACUAGCGAGAUGAACGGAAACCAUUAUUCGGACAGAAAGGCUGUCACAAACUCGGACUCAAGUCAACAAAAUGUUUACGGAUUUUACAGGCGUCUGAGGCGUGGGAUACCUCUCGACUUCUGGAAAGAAAUCCUUCAGUUAGCACAAUUAGCUGGACCCCUGCUCAUUUCUGAGCUUCUUAUGUUUUUUAUACCUCUUGUCAGCACCGCAUUCUGUGGAAAUCUGGGGAAGACAGAGCUGGCUGCAGUUGGUCUGGCAACAGCUGUGAUCAAUGUUACAGCUGUUUCAGUUGGAUUUGGAUUAGCAUCAGUAUGUGACACAUUAUUAUCUCAGACCUUUGGGAGCUGUAACUUAAAGAGAGUGGGGGUCAUUCUGCAGAGGGGUAUCCUAAUUUUACUUCUGGCUUGUUGCCCAUGCUGGGCUAUUCUUAUGAAUACAGAAUCCUUCGUCCUGGCUGUCAAGCAAACCCCAGAGGUGGCCAGGCUGGCCCAGAUGUAUGUGAAGGUCUUUAUGCCUGCACUACCUGCAGUAUUUUUAUUCCAGCUACAAGGAAGGUAUCUUCAAACUCAGGGUAUAAUAUGGCCCCAGGUGAUCACAGGAAUUGUGGGAAAUGUCCUGAAUGCACUGAUCAACUACAUCUUCCUGUUUGUACUGGACCUUGGUGUAGUUGGUUCAGCUGCAGCCAACACCAUAUCCCAGUACUACCUGGCUCUGUUCCUGUUUGCCUACAUUUACUGCAAGGGUUUGCAUAAGCCCACCUGGGGAGGCUGGUCUGUGGAAUGUCUGCAGGAAUGGGGAUCCUUCCUCAACUUAGCCAUACCCAGCAUGCUCAUGACAUGUCUGGAGUGGUGGGUAUAUGACAUUGGCGGAUUCCUGGCAGGUCUAAUAAGUGAGGUGGAACUGGAUUCACAGUCAGUCGUCAAUGUGCUCUCUGGUCUGUCAUUUAUGUUUCCUCUAGGCCUCAGUGUAGCUGCCAGCGUGAGAGUGGGGAAUGCUCUGGGAGCUGGAAAUGCACAGCAGGCUCAGCUGUCCAGCAUGGUCUCCGUAGUAUGUGGAGUUGUGAUUGCCUUGUGUGUGGCACUGACCAUUGGGAUGACAAAGGAUGUGAUUAGCUUUGUCUUCACAAGUGACCAGCAGAUCAGGAAAAGAGUUGGGGAGGUUAUGGUUCUCUAUGCACCCUUCCACUUAUUUGAUGCAACGGCAGGUGUGAUUGGGGGCAUUUUGAGGGGGGUGGCAAAACAGAAGAUUGCCGCAUUUUGCAAUCUGGUGGGGUUCUACUUCGUGGGGUAUCCCAUUGGAAUGUCCUUGAUGUUUGCAGCGAAUCUUGGAAUCACCGGUUUGUGGACUGGCCUUUUAAUUUGUGUUUUCCUCCAGGCUGGUUUGUUUUUCAUCAUCAUUCUCAAACUGGACUGGAAAAAAGCUGGCAUUGAGGCGCAAGUCAGGGCUGGAGUGCAGACGACAGAGCAGAGCGAUCAGACGCAGGCCGUGGAGAUGCAGGGUGGCGCCCAUGGUCUUCCAGAAAUUACUCCAGGCAUCCAUGAUGGGGAGCACAGGGAGUUCAACUCAGACCUGGAAGGGCUGCAUGAGAGAGAAGGUGGGACCCUCACCACAGUGGGGGAGGUGCUGUCUUUCAGGCAGCUGUUUCUGCGCCGGGGGUUAGCGCUGUGCGGUAUGUUGGUCGUCCUAGCUGCUGGUAUCCUCGCCAACAUGCUGCUCCCUGCAGUCUUUAAAUAAGGGAUGCUCAUACUAUCCUAAUGGACGGUUAUCCUACCUAGUGGACCCACAACCAAGUAGGAUCCAGAAAUAAUGUGAUUUUUUUAUAUGCCAGUAUAUUGAUGGAAAAUAUCUAAAUAAUUUAGUACAUUCAAUAUUUUAAGACAAACCGUGAUUGUAUGCAUACUGGAAAUAAAAGCAAAUGUAAUCAAAAUCAAAUCUAUUUUAUUUAACAGAAAACUGUCACAAAGACACUACAGAGUAGGAGAAAAACACUACAUGGCUCAGUGACAAUUCAUUUUAUUAUUUUACUAUUGUGUUCCCUCUCCCUUUUUUAAGUUACCAAAAAUGUUUUAAAAUACAGUAUUGUGAUGAAACAUUUGAUAAUGCAACAGAACCCCUUUAAAGGCCCGAGGAGGCUCAGCUGUGACGUUGGGGUCAUGCUGAAUGAGUUUUGUGCGAUGAGUGCUACUAGUGCAGUGGAACGUUUACUUUGUACAAAUAUUAUGCUUGGGGGUAAUUAAUUUGACUGUUUUUAUUUUUAUGUAUGGGAUGUUCUUACUUAUUGCCUUGUCAGACAGGGAAUGUCAUCUUUUCCUAGCCAAGCCUGAGUAGGUAUGGUUUUCUCCUAUUUUGGUCCAGGCAAUCUCCCCAGUCAUUCUUUAGCAGUGUUUACUGCAAUAGUCUACAGGAAGAUACAUUCUUAUUGCAUCAUCAGUCAUUUGGAAUGCAUAUGUAUCAUUCCACCUUCUGUGCAAUAUUUAAGAUUUUUUCCACCCGCUUCAGAGUUCAAAAAGAAACAUUUAUCAGCCAAUGUUGAUUUUCUGUAGGCUUUACGUCAUUUGCGGACUAGUUACUAAUCAUGUGUGAAGUGAAAAUCCGGUUUUACCUCUUCUGUACCCUUCUGUAUAUGUUCUAUUUAAAUUCUAUAUGUAAAUGUCUCAACAGUCCUGCAUGGUUGAUAGACUUCAUGUUUUGUUGCUUUUAGCAAUGUCUGAGUACACAAUGCAAGUCAAACUUAUGCUGAUUUGGAACCAAAACCACAACUCAUCCCAUCCCACUCAGUUCAGUUAAGCCAUGCCAUUGUUGUGAAUUAAUGGCAGACUCAUGCAUUAUAAUUUCUUUUGUUUGAGCACCACAGAGUCAUUUUACUGCUGUGAACAGGAUCACACUGACAUUGUACAACCUUCCCUGGUUUUAUUUUGUUAAAUAAAAUUUCUAAAUACUGUUCUUAGUUAUAGAAUAGUGCGCUUAAACCAUUUAGCUAUAGAUCUAAUGGGAAAAUAAAACUGGCCUGCAACGUUAUGUUUUAAUUCUGAUGGAAGAAAAUUUCAACAAAUUCUAACAAAUUUCUCUUAUGAGAUUCAUUCAAAUUCACUCAAUUUUUUGAAAAACAACUGACAGCUAAACUCUGCUCCUCACACAAAAGAAUGUCUUGUGAGAAACAUUGAAUACAUCCUUAUCCUCAUCUACCAUUGCCGUCAGACUAUGGAAAUUAGCAGUACACCCUUCACAAUGCUCACAGCUCUUAAAAGGAAAUAAAAAGGUAAUUCGAUUGGCUAUUAAUUAAUCCAGCUGCACCACACACACUGAUGAUAUAUUCAGUAUAAUCCAACCCACUUUUCAGGUGUGCUGUGCGUCUUGCACUGUACGCUCCUCGCCUCUGGUCACAAAAAUACCAACGUUCACUAGCUACACCCAGUGUGCCCACACGCCAUGCUAUUGAUUGCACCCAUGCGUGUCAAUCAAAAAUUUAGCUUUGAGUCUGGGAGGACAGAACUACUUCUUACACAAGAUACCAGAAAUGUUUAGGGGCCCAACCCAUCAAGGAUGUUGUUUAGGACACCACCUUCACUGACUCACUAAACAGGACAAACACAGUUUUCAAUACAAUUCACACUUACAGCUCAUUUUCAACAUGAUAUACUUGUAUUGUGCUGUAGACAAUGUGGAAAAGAAACACCAGUUUCAAUUUACACUGUUUUAAGCUAAUAAACAAUUGUGCAAUAAAAAACUGUAAAAAAAA